GCAAAUACGGAAAAUGCUGCCGUUACCACUCCCGUAGGACUCAUUGUAGCCCAAAAUAAAGAUAAAACUUUGUGAUCCGUAUACGAACGACGAUAAUAGUCUAGUAUAACAUUCAAAAAGCUUUUCGUUAAUGGCCAAUGAGAAAAAGAAGCAAUAUACACAAACUGAUAGUAUCUACGUACCAACCCAAGAUAUUCUUGCAAAAUACAGAACAUUUAACUAAAAAUGCAUUUAUUCACAAAUAUGAUGUUUAUUGUCGGUGUUCUCUACGAAAAAACUGAAAAAUAAUGAAGCAAUCAGAAUGUGAGUCAUUAGCAUUAUUCCUGAGUUGAAUCGGAGUAGAAAAUACCAUUAAAUAUUGGUUACACUUCUAACGACUCUAAGUAUCAGAAGUUAAAAUCAUGAUAAGUUAUAUUUCAUUCAUGAUAUCCCGACAACAACUCUAAACAACAAAUCAGAUUUUUCAAAUUGAUUUAAUUGUGAGUUUGCUGUGUGGCUGCUUAUGGUUUGCUUUGACUUUGAUUUUUCUAAAAUUCGUUUGCGGGAAAAAGGAGCAUAAGUGGCAAACUGUUCUGAAAUUGCCUUUGGGUGCAUUUCUCCGAAAUCUAACUUAUGUAUCAUUUGCCUAGUGUUCCUAUUGCAAAAUAUAUUGAUUAAUUUACCACCUUAAUUUCCAUGGAAACAAAUUUUCAACAAGGUACAUUGUUAGAGUUAUUUAAGUUAACUUCUCUGUAUUCUUAGUCGUUUCAAUAAAAAAAAAAACUGUAACUUUAUAGAAAUUUAAAUUUGAAGGAAGCAUUUGUUUAAAAGUCAAGUUUCACAUAAAUCAGCCCCCAACAACAACGUGGUAAAAAAGUUAAUUUUGUAAAAACGUAAGUUCUGCUAAAUGCGAAAUCGGUCCCAUAAGGCCCUAUAUAAUUUCUCUAACAACAUUCUGUACUACAGACAAAGGAAACAAAGUCAUCCAAAAUCUAAGUCGGUAUGCGUCGAUGAUAUAGGCGUACAUCCUUUGGAAACUUGUAUUGAAACAUUUACCUCGUAAAAUUUGUGCGCGGUAGACUAAAAUGUACACAACAGGACACAUUGACUUUACUUGAUAAUUAUCAUUAUUUUGGAAAAAAACUACUCGCCAAUGGAAGAAUUGUCUGAGCCCAAUAAGCCCGUUUCUAUCUGCUUUAUUAUGUACACGUAUUGAAAGAAGGAUCCGACACGAACAGAUAUAGCCAGUUGUCAUAUUUAAGGUCAGAGUUCAGCCAACGGGCAAAUCCAGAUACGAAUGUAGCCUCAUCGAGAGUUGAUUUACUUGUCACAGUACAGCAAUGUUUCAAAGCACAUGAUUUCCCAGAAUGUUUCUGCCUUAAGAUGAGUGUAUUAUACUUAAUAUUAUUAAGUAAUCACCACUGUUGUGCCGUGCGCCGGAAAUAUCAAAGUAUAAAGCAACGAAAAGUUGGUUUAAUAGUAGAUUUAAACCGUAUUCUACAUGUAUAUAUGUACACGUUUUUUUACCAUUUGUUUUGGACCUGAAGGCUAUUCUAAAGUGUUGUCACAAAUAUGCUUAUGAAACCAACUUGGUGAUCUAAACGCCUAAUAUUUUAGUUGCAGAAGCCAGUGCUCGGUCAUGUGAACUUCUCCGUAAACAUGUACAACACAACAUUUAUGACUAAAUAGAAAUUUCGAGAGAAAUGUUGAACACGGAGUACCUGAUCACCGCAUUUCAUCGAGAAUACCUACUCAUCUGUAAUUCUGUAUUCUACCCCUUAUCUUCUAUUACUCAACAUCUAGCGCAUUAUCUUCCUUAGUACGGCUGGCCAACCACUUUUAGCCAUGUGUGUCAUCACCGAUUACAACAAAUUUCGCCGGAUCAGCAUCCUUUUUGAGCGCACGGAUUAUCUUCUGCUGUUAUUUUAAUCAACCAGUCAAUCAACUUUGGCUUCACUCCCAUCCUAGGUUUUCCUUCCCGUGCAAGACAGCCCGCCGUUUAUUUUCUUAGUUCCCGUGUUAUGCGUUUCAGUGGAAGAGGCGUCCUUGCCCAUAUCGACUCUGUCUCAUGUUCGGACGGGCAGUUACUAAUGCUACUAUCUAUUCUAUUGCGCUGUUCGUAUUACACUGCACAGCGCUUUCCUGUCCGUGUCCGUCUGUGCUUAGUCCGUCGUCUGCUUGCGGCAGACGAGCGAGUGAGGGGGUCUGAGGCGAUGCUAAGUUCCGGUUUCGAUUUUGCCAUCUGUAGUUUGUUGUGCUUUGCUUUUGGCGCGAAGGCGCGCUACGACGAAAUCCUUUCGCAUAUAAGUCGGUACAACAACCGAACAACUCCAUGGAAAUGUUUUGCCAUAAAGUUCUCGAUCUCCAUGAACUUAUACUAGUUAUCUAGACGCGUAAGGGUUCAGCAAAGAGAAAAUUUAAGCUUACACUGAUUCGUGUGUUUUGUGAGUGGAUAUUCUCUAGUGAGUGCAUCCUCUUGCUCUACCAAGAGUAGCGGCACGGUGACAAGAUGAAACAAACUCGUUUGUCAUUCGGGACAAAGCGGAAAGAUAGUCCGAGCUCCUUCAGCAACAAUAAAGAGACUAACUCGAAAAAUGAUAUCAUAGUUAUCGACCUAUCUGAAAAUAGUCCCACAAAGUCAGCUUCACCACCUACGAAGAAAGUACGACGAACACAUGAAACCGAAACUGCUUCUUUAGCUGAUAACGUUCCUAAAAGUCCUGUAAGAACAUCGGCGAGGAGAAAUACGACUACUACAUCCGCUGAUGUUGACAAGAUCGAAAGUCCCGUUAAGCUGGCGCCUAUGCAGCAAAGCCCAGCCAAAACGCCCGUAAAACAAAGUCUUGUAAAGACGCCUACAAGACAAAACCCAGACAAAAUUUCUUCAAGUCACACAAAAGAACCUCAGGUCACACCACUUACAAAGAAACAUAAGACAAGCUCAUCUCAAAAGGAUGGCAACAUACAACUAUCAAGUGAUAAAGUUUUCAGAAGUCCUGCACAGACGUCAACGAGAAAGUGUUCUAGCAACACAUCAACCAUCUCUGCUUCUAACAAAAGUUUUACAAAAAAUACGUCAUCUGAGCAGAGUCCAGUUAAGGUACCGUAUCAGCGAACUCCAACAAAAACGUUUUCUGAGCAGACGCCUUCAAAAACUCAACCUCAAAGCAGUCCUACACCAACUCCGCAUUCGACUCCAUUAAGCCAAACUUCUAGUGCUACUCCGUCAAGUCAAAUACGGAACUCACCUGCAAAUCGAACUCCCAGACGAAGUAAAACGGAAAUUGCCUACGAGGAGCUCAAGAAACGAAAGGACAGGGAAUUUCGUCUUAAAGAAAAGGAAGAGAAGAUUAAACAACGGGAGUUUGAAAAAGAGAAACGAGAGGAAGAACGGCUUCGUCGUGAGCAGGAAAAAAAAGAGUUGAAGGAACGUAAAGAACAAGAGCGUCUAGAAAAAGAAAAAAAACGUGAAGCUGAAAAACUCGAUAGAGAGCGCAAGAAGGAGGAAGAACGUCUUGAAAAGGAAAGGGAACGCGAAGAAAAAGAGAAGCUUCGUAGAGAAAAAGAACGCAAAAGGGAGGAGGAACGCCUUGAAAAGGGAAGGGAGCGUAUCGAUAAUUACGUAAUAAGCGUCGCCGAUGCAAAAUGUCCCGUAGUACGGAUUUCAACCGAAUUACUAAGAGUAGGUCAUCCAACGAUCGCCCCUACAUAUGUAGAAAAAUAUCCUUACUGUACUGUAUUUCCUGAGCCUAAUGAGCGUAGGCCACAACAGCCAUCCGAUGAGAAGGUCUUCAUUGCCGAAGUCAAUGAAAUAGAUAUAGUUCCAAGACAUAUGCGUAUGUUUAUCACAAUUAUUGAUAGAAUAGGUGAGCGCGAUAGGUUGCAAAAAAAACUUCAAAGCACCUACGGCCGAAAUAAGAACCAAACAAUUCCUCUUAACCAGUUACGCAAAGGUCUACCUUGCGCUGUUCCAUUCGAAGGCACUCAGGAUUUUCACCGUGCCGUUAUUCUGCGACCGGUAGUCAGUCGUCUCGUGCAGGUCUUAUACGUAGAUUUCGGCACUGUCGCAGACGUGGUUAGCGAGUCGCUUAUUUUUCUGGAUGAGGAUUUCUACAAGGUUCCAGUUCUAGCCGAGCCUGCUGUACUUAGUUUCGCAGUGCCUUGGAAAGAUAGACGUGGGGUAGCAGACAAGAUACUUAAACAAUCUUCAGUCAAAAUGAUUGUGUUGGGUUGGAGCGAAGAACAGAAUUCCAUAAUUGUUCAAGUCAGUGACCUGGCUUCGUACCCGAUGAAAUUACGCAGUGAACUGCGUGCGGCUUGA